AUACGCAACGAGAACAGGCAACGAGACUUUUACCAUUCCACCGAUCGAGGAAGUGGCUUUAUUUUUAUCGCGCACAAUAAUGGCUGCUACCAAACAACUUCGGUGUCUCCUGCGUGAACAAGUCGGCAUCGGAGGCUCGUCGAUGUUUAAGUAGUCGGCCUGAAUCUCCUCUGACCUUCCGUUACUUCCUCGUUCCUGGCUGCUGACCCACAAUGCACUGCCAGAGGUCUUCAGGUGUCUCAGACCUACUCCUGUAACCCGUGGCUUCCACUUCUCCAGUCGGUCCACGACACGGAAACGCAGCCGGAAGCUUCUGUCCUGGUUGAUCUUUUGUCGUCCCUCUGACAUCAUGUCCGGCCCACGGGAUUUACCAGCCAUAGAGGAUUCUGGGAUGGGCGGGAUGAGGCUUCCCAUCGGCAUGACCCGCCGAGCCCUCAGCUACGACGACAACCUGGAGGCCCCCAUGUCCACGCCCCCCCACGACAUCAGCAUCAACAACCUGUGGAGACGACCCGUCAUCCCGGAGAGGAAGUUCACACGCCUGGCAGAGGAGGAUGAGAGCGGUGCAGUGAGUCAGUCCACAGUGGCGGACAGCGCCCUCUUCAGGGCACCAGCUGUAGUGAAGACCAAGGCCUCCUCUGUCAUCAUGAAUUCUCUCAUCACCAAGCAGACUCACGACAGUGUCUACAGGUUUGAGCAGAGGGCGGGGCUCACCGACACCAGCUACACCCCCCACAAAGGCCUCACCGCCGAGGAGACCAGGCUCCACCACCGCAUGCCCGAAUCCCUCCAGAAACUGCAGAUUCAAAGUUUGGAGGCCAGAGAAGAUCGACAGAGCUCCUCGACGCAGUCCACUCCGUCCAACACUCCUCACAGCUCCCCGAAACAACAGCGCAGGGGCUGGUUCGGCAGCACCGGUUCAGAAGUCAGCGUCAGCUCCUCUAACAGCAGCGUGGAUCUCAUCGCCGGCGACGCGACGGUGGAGCGGUGGAGCGUUUUCGCCCCGCGGCCGGUCGUCCAGAAGUCGACCUCUGACCUGGGAUCAGACCCUGCGGCCUCAGCAGGCUUUGCCCUCCAGGCGUACCGUGGCGCCCAGAAGCCGACCCCCAUGGAGCUGAUGAAGUCCCAGGCCGCGCGGCUGGCGGAGAACCCCAGCGCCCAGCAGGUCAACCCCCCCAAGAUGGAGAUCCCCACAGUGGAGGGGCGGCGGCAGGGGGCGCGGCCGCACAAGCUGAAACCCAGAGACAUGAACGUGCUCACGCCCUCCGGCUUCUGAGGCUGCAGAUGUUGUGUUCGUCGUUGUCUCGUCGUUGCCGUUUUGAAGUGCAGAACGUUUCCAUCAACGCGCUCCUUUCGUUAUUCGUUCAUUAGGUUUCGUAUGUUUGUUUUAAUGGAAAAAAAAAAGUCAAAAGUUCUCUGAAACCUGUUUUUUUUUUUUUUUUUUUUUCCUCUGACAAUUUACUGAAUUUCCCCGAGUUGUUUGAGGCUUUUUUUCUUUUCAUGUAGUUGAAUAAUCUACGAUGCAAUGAAUACAUUUCGUUCCUACAGCCGAGUUUAUUCGCUCCAAACUGAAAUGCGCCGCAUUAGCAUUUCAUCUCGUGUGACAUUUCUAAAGUUUACUUGACUAAAAAUGAACGGAACCAUCACGACCGUAAGAGAACAGAUGUAAAUAAUCUCAUUUAGCGGGAAACAAAGUCCUGGUUGAUUUUUUUUUUUUUUUUUGCAUGUGCGGCAGUAGUUAAAACAUGCCACGUUCUUAACGACUUCCCAUCUUCAUCUUUGAGGCGUCUCCUGUGCGGCUUGGCAGUAAGAAUCCUACCUGCCGGUGACCUUCUUACCGUGGCGGCUGCAGGGUGCCGGCCGAUCCGGACGCCGGUCCUGGUUUUAAAGUAAGAGAAUGAUUAUGCACUUUAUUCCCACCAGACAUGAAGCCUCAUGUUCCACGUUCCUCCAGGAUGCAGCUCAAUGUGCAAAAACCUCUUCUUCCGUUGUGUUGAUAGUAUUUUUGUCUUCUUAAAGUGGCAUCUCAAUAAGCUGGGUGGCAAGAAAACUAAAGUCCUUUUUAAACGUAGUUUAAUACAACUGAACAAAAAACAAAAGGUCUCAGGAAACCCUGCUUACUGAAACGUUCCAUUUAUUUGUUGUUUUUUUUUUAUACAGAUGUUUAUCCACUAGCAACAGAUUAAGUUAAUUUGGGACCAGAAGGAGUGCGUGGAAGUAAAAACCCGAACUGCAUGAUAUGACUCCCACACAGACGCGUUUUAAGGUCACUGGUUACUCAAAGGAGGGUUUAAAGACUGCAUUUAGCUUUUCUGCUGGUCUUCGGUCGAUUUGUGAACGAUUCCACGCGAGUUCGGGGCCUCGCCGGCUGCUUUGUGAUUAUCGACUGAAGAGAGAGAAAAAAGUAUUUUCUAUUCCCACGUGGAAGGAACCGUUGAGAAAAGUCUUUCUGCACCAAUAGCUAAAGGCUAAUAUUUUUAUUCAAGGUCGCUGCAAGACGUGUAGCUCGGUGGCGCUUAAUGAGCACUAUGACUUCACCUGAAGUGAAUCAUCUCUUUGACUGUUGUUACGUUGCGCUUAUUGAUUCAUUUUGCGAUUCUCACACACUGUAGUUUGUCCUAGUAGUAGAAAUCUCCUUUUGACACAUAAGGUUCUGCUGUUGGACCCUCAGCAGCUGUAAAUAUGAAAUAUUUCUUCGCUGUGUUUUACGUGUGACACUACCCUUUGAAUCACGCCCUGACUGAAGUAUCACAUCUGAAUCUGUGUGACGUUUAUGUUCAUGUGUUCAAUAUUUUUCCAGUGGAUGGCAAAGAGACAUUUCGCUUUAUUCAUACAGUCUCUGAAUAAAUAAAUGUUACGUUGUCCUCA